AUGGCUUCUGCACGUGGGGCCAAUAGAGCUGGUGGGCGUCAAGAAGAUUUUGGGCCUAAAAAAAGGUCAAGAACAGAUAUUGCUGAAGAAGGUGAUCGUGGAAAAGAGGUGCGGAAAGAAAUAAAUAAUAGAGGCGGAGGUAUUGCUUUAUUUUGGCGGAAUACGGAUAAUUGUAGCAUCAUUAAUUACUCGACUAACCAUAUUAGCGCUAAAAUUGAAGAACUUAAUCAUAGGGAGUGGGCCUUUACAGGCUUUUAUGGGUACCCAGAUAUUUCCAGAAGGAGAGACUCUUGGAAUUUUAUUCGGAGUCUUGCUAAUCAAAUUAGUCUACCUUGGUGUAUAAUGGGAGAUUUCAAUGACAUCCUUCACUCAGAUGAGAAGAAAGGAAGAGCCACUAGACCAAAUUGGCUUAUCAAGGGAUUCCGUCAAGCUAUACAAGAUGUAGAGCUCAUUGACAUUCAUAUGGAAGGUUAUCCGUUCACUUGGUUUAAAAGUUUGGGUACAACACGGGCAGUGGAAGAAAAGUUAGACCAAGCUUUAGCAACUAACUCCUGGAUGCAGCUCUUUCCUAAUGCAAGACUAGAAAAUCUGGUUGCUCCAUCAUCAGAUCAUUUCCCUAUCUUGCUAGAUAGAACUCCAGAGGUAAGAAGUCAUAGAGUUGAAAGGUCUUUCAAAUUUGAAAAUGCAUGGAGAAUUGAGGAAGGAGUUAAUGACGUUGUUCAGGGUAGUUGGCCUUGUCGUACAGGUAAUAAUGUUAUGGAAAAAUUAGCAAAUUGUGCAGAAGACCUCACACACUGGAGUAAAACUCAUUGUCACAAAAUUCAAACAGAGAUUGAACAUUGCAGAAAGCAACUCAGCAGAUGUCGUACUAUCCAUGGUAUCCAAGAUGAAGCUUACUUUGAUAAUAUGAGGCAGAAACUUAAUCAUUUGCUAAUUCAAGAGGAUAUGUUUUGGCGACAAAGAGCCAAAAAUCAUUGGUUCCGAGAUGGAGACCUGAAUACAAAAUUCUUCCAUGCAGCCGCAACUUCCAGGAAAAAAGUAAAUAAAAUUCUCUCUCUUGAAAAUAAUGAAGGAUUUCGUACUACUGAUGAAGGUGGAAUGCGAGCUAUAGCGAAAGAAUAUUUCGAGGAGCUGUUUGAAAAUCAUGAAAGCAUACGUUCUCCGGUCACCAAUAUGCUGAAUCAAGUAAUUGAUCACGAGGACAAUGUGCAAUUAACAUCCCCGUUUUGCAGAGAAGAGUUCAAAGAAGCAAUGUUCUCUAUGCAGCCUGAUAAAUGCCCAGGCCCUGAUGGUUUUAACCCAGGCUUUUAUCAACACUUCUAG